AUGUCUGCAAGCGAAGAUGAAAUGAAUCAAAGCUGUAGUUCUGCGAAAGCCUUCUACCUUGGUAGUAAACAUGAACGAUUACUAAAAAACUUUAUGAUCAGCUGUAUUAACAAGUUCAUAGCAAAAAUCACUCUAUAUUCAGCUAUAGCAAAAGGAGAUAAAGAUAUCCCCGUAACUAAUUUUCAAAGACUUAUUAAUGACUUGGUGAAACCUAUAGUUUCCUUACUGGGAUCUGAAAUCGCCUUGCCGGUAAAUAUAGGACUAUCUGUGAUUUCCUAUACAUCGUAUCAAAUUAAAAGAAAACUUGCAAAGGAUAAAGCUCGCAAGAUUACUGAUGCCUUGGAUACUUGUCAUCAUUCAAUUCUUUUGAUAGUAUCACUGAUCGUUUGUGACGUUUGCAGAAUGUUUCAGAAUCAAAUCAUCAUGAUUACAGAAGCAGAUGCAACUUCUAAUAAGGAAGUAUUGACAAACGCUAUCGUUAACAGGGUUCUCAAUUAUGUAUCUAAAAAUAAGCUUGCAGAUGAUGCAAGAUGCAUUGUGAAAGCACAUGAAACCACUUUCUCUGAAGUAUUGGAAGUAGCAAGGAUAGGCAUUACUGGAUUAUUCGAAGGAGAAUCAAAAAAGUCGUCUAAAGUACUAAAAAUAAAUUACAAUGGAACGGACCGGGAAAUAACCUGUGGUAAUUUGUUAAAGUUGCUGCCAGUGCUUAUAGAAAAUCAGAGGAUCACGUGUCAUCGAAAAGACUUCGAGAAACAAUACGAAAAAAUUUGGGGAAAUCGUAAAUCGUCUCUACUAGCCGAGCCAUGCUUUAGUUUUAUACCAUCAAGUAAAGAUUCUAAAGUAGAUUCAGAAGAAUAUAGCCUAGAAACUUUACACCCUGCUGACUUAAAAUCCAAUAUAUGUGAAAGUCAGCUGAGUAAAGUGGUUGAUAUUGAAUCUUUAAGUAGCUACAGCAUUUACUUACUGAAAAUGAGUUUAUGUGAUAGUAAAACGGGACUAAUCAUGGAUGCAGUAAAAGACAUACGAAACUUAGCGGAGAAAAUAGAUCGCUGGCAAGAAUUCUGUAAUCAAGUGAAAGAUGCUUUAGACCAGCUAACACAGCUGCCUACUAAAACAGAAGUUGAACUACUGAUAAACCCGAUUUAUGCAGAACUUAAGCGUCAUGAGUCAAAGUCUCGGGAUAUGCAACUUCAAAUUGAUGCGGUACAUCAGGAUACCAAAAACUUAUUGCGCUUCAAUGCAGAUUUGCUUGCCCUAGUUAAAGAUAUCAACAGUAGGAAAGCUAGGAUGCCAACAAAAGAUCCCAACACACUAGAGAUCCUUCAACAUGUUCCCCAUAUUGGAACAACAGAACACUUAAUAGUAAGAAAAGAUUUUCAAGAUCGAAUACUGGAAGCUUUAACCAAAAUUCAGUAUAAUAGUGGACAUGUCUUAGUGUAUGGAAUAGGUGGAUGCGGUAAUAUCAAUGAAGACAAACUUUUGCAGAUAUUAAACAAAUUAACAUAUGAAAUAAGUAUUAAUAUACCUAAUGAGCUCCGAAAGUCUUUGCCUGAAUUUUGUAAUGCAAUAGAAGGAGCACUAUAUGAGAAAUAUGGAAGUACGUCAGAGAUCCUUUUUAUAUUUGAUGACAUAUGGUCCGAAAAUUACAUAAAGUAUUUAAAAUUUACGGCCAAGGCAAUUGUUAUCUCACGACUACAAACUGAUUUCAUGAAGUCGAUGCAUAACCAUGUUGUCAAAGCAUCGGAGAACUUCACCUUUAAUGAAGCUGUCCAUGUUCUACACUCCUAUCAAAGCAGUCUUAAUUUAAAGGAUUUCCUUGAAAGUGAAUACAUUUCAAAAAUUAUAGAUUAUUGCAAGGGUUUGCCGCUAGCAAUCGCCUUAAUAGGUGGUCAGCGGAUUGAAACAGCAGAAGGAUGGCGAAAUGUUUUAAGUAAAAUCCAAAGGAGUGAUGCUGUCAGUCUUCCAUACUAUCGGUUCAACUUAUACGAAACAUUUGCGGCUAGCAUUGAAGAACUCUCAGCAACGGAAAAAAUAUUACUUAGAAAACUUGCGGUUUUUAUCAAAGGCAACAUACCUUUGAGAAUUAUAGGUAGCUUUUGGGAGCUUAGCAGAGAAGAUACCGCUAGGGUAUUGCGUAAUUUCCAUGAUCGAUCACUUUUGAUGUUUUCCUAUGAAAGGAAUUCAAAUAAGAAGAGGGCUUCUCAAUCGGUAUCUAAUCUCAUAUUGCAGCUACAGUCGUGUCAAAGAGUUUUAAAAGAAAAAAAAUCAGAUAUUAGCGGUUUGAAAGAUAUUUGUUCGCAUCUCCAGCGGCAUUGCUCUUAUAUUCAUUUAGAAGCUCUCGAUUUCAUACAGUUCUUGCUAUCAGCUAGUAGUUCAACGAGCUGGCUAUACGGUGAAGCACUAAACAUCGCCAAGAAAAGAAGUAAUAAAAGGGACUAUUUCUAUACUAUUAUCAGAAAAAAUCCUGAAUCCUUCGGUGAUCGAAAGUUUAUCUCCGAACACAUAAGUACUUGCCAAAUCAAGAUUCUAGAAGUUGAAAAUCUCCUAGACUACUCAAUCCUUGAAGUUCCAGAAUUCAUAGAUUUAAAUGGCUGUAAAGCCAUUCCUGAUAGUUCAAUAACUGGAACUAUUUGCAAUUUAGAAAGUGUUAAGGCGGCUUCUGAUAGCAUAAUAUUUUUAAAUUAUGGAUUUAUAUUGGGAAUUUUGCAUUUAAAUUUUGGAAAAAAAAAAUCACUUAACCUCGUUGAAGGGUUUUCUGAAGUUUUCCAGAAGAUAUUUGGAGGUUCUUUCAUUAAUAGCGUAGCUAUCUCGGAUACUGAACGGCUUGCUGCUGCUCUGGUUAAUUCAGGAUUGGUGAAUGAUAUCUUGGUAUUUCAGUUUCAAGGAAGAACAAUAACCAGAAAAAAUUGGAUAAAGUGUAAUACAGGAACAGCUUAUAUAGAAUUUCUUAACAGUGGCACAUUAACUGCAUACAACGAAAUGGCACAAGUAGUGUAUUUUUUUCACCUUAAUAAUGCAGAAUUAUGCCCAUCAAAAAAAGUUUACGACAGUAGAAAGGUGGAUUACAGAGUUAUCGAAGCUGAUUUUGCAUUUGUUAAUGGUGUACCAGUUAUAAGUAAGGUGAAAACUGAUCUGCAAGGAAAUACCCUCCUUGAGAUGAAGAUUAAUCGGGGAAUGGAUAAAUAUUCUUGUAAACUUAGAAGAAAAAGUAUAUCAAAUUUGGGAACUUCUUAUAAGCAGUAUUUCCACAACGAAAUGUCAGCAGUUCUUAUUGAGGAAAUUUACAAAUGUACAGAAGAAAAUUGUACAUCAUUAUCAAAUAGCCACUGGCACACAUAUUUAACGAUGCGUAGUUUCCCAUCCAUCAAUAUUAAAAAAUGGACACAGAACCUCGUUUUUACUUUGGAUGUUACCAAGUGCCGUACUGAAUUUCUGUUUCAAAAAUCCGAAGACAAUCUGGUUUUUGCGAAGUGGAUACCAAGAAAGAUUCUAUACAUUUCCAUAUUUCAUUUCGAAACUGGAGACUUAUUAACUUCUCUUACGAGCGAUGACAAUCAUAUUGAAACUCGUGUUUACCUCGAUGACAAUAACUUGAUCUUUUAUUGUCGACAAUCUGACCAGAAACAUUAUAUUAAGCAAUAUUUCUUUUACAAUGGAGAAAUUAUUAUGAAUCACAGUAAAUGGUCAAAUUAUCGUAAAGAUUCAAGCUACAUAUCAAUAUUAACCACCAAGAGACCACGAGUCUCUUUCUCCGAUUUAAUUGAAAUAAAUGGCACCAAUAAACCAUCCAUAAAAUUCGAGAAGGAAUGGAAUCUGUUUAUGAAUUGUGAAGCAAGCAAGAUUGGCAAUGGCAUACUUUUCUUUACGAAAAAAGGGGAGAAUUUUGUGAUUUAUAGCCACGAGGAAGUUCUAUAUGUCAAAGGCAGCCUAAAUUUUAUUCGAUAUUUCCGCAUAAAUCUAUGCUUUGUCGAUAAUUUAUGGGGUUCCGAUUACUUUAUUUACGUAAAUAAUGGCAAAAUUUAUGUUCACAGAACAGAUACAAUGGAUAUUGUGCAAGUUUUUCAGUCACCACAACUAAAUACAAAUUCGCAGAUUAAAAGUAAUAACGAUCAAAGUAUACUUAUUUGCAGAGAUUUUUAUCCAUCUUAUAGUAUUCUGGAAAGAGUUACCAGUAAUUCAAUAGCAUAG